AUGUACCUGCGGCCAUUCCUCCUCAACGUCUUCUUCUCCAAUAGGUUCAUCCAUGCAAAGGUGAUGCACAGGGGAACCAGCAAGGUGGUCUCGGUGGCGAGCACCAAUGCCAAGGACCUAAGGAACACACUACCUUCCCUGGUGGAUGAUGAUGCCUGCAGGACCGUCGGGCGGCUCAUCGCCGAGAGGUCCAAGGAAGCCGACGUCUAUGCAAUGGCCUACGAUCUGAGGAAAGGGGAGAGGAUUGAGGGAAAGCUCGGUAUUGUGAUCGACACCAUCAAGGAGAACGGCAUCAUCUUUGUGGAUUAG